AUUAUUUCAGGGAGUAUUCCCGAAUAAAUACUAUUUACAUAAUCUACGCUGACGCUACCUUAACAAACCAGUACUACUAAUCUAACAUCAAUAACCACUUACGCUUGUUACUCUUUUACUCGCUUGUCUGCGCCAUGGUCAGAGUAAAGGAUUCUGCAAAUGGCACGACUUGUCAUAAAGUUCAAUCAGAGGAGCCGGCAACACCAUGGAAAUCUGUUUACAUAGCCGGUGCUUGUUCAUUCUUUCAAGCCGCUCAAUUCAGCAUUUACUUCAGCUCGAUGUGGCCUUAUUUGAGAAAACUGAACCCGAAUGCCUUGGAAACACAGUUUGGAUACAUUGUAGCUCUCUAUAGCUUCGGUCAGUGUGUAUCAGCCCCUUCAUUCGGAUAUUGGAGCAAUCGAAUAGAACAGGUGCGCAUUCCACUCUUGGCUGGUUUUUGCUCUAUGAUGGCAGGAAAUACCCUAUAUCUAUCACUACCGUUUUUUUCACCUUCCAAUGUAGCCAUUGUAAUGAUGGUUGCAAGAUUUAUCCAAGGAUGUGGAACAGGUAAUAUGGCACUUUUGAGAGCUUACGUUUCCACUGCGUCAACGAAGGAGGAUCGUUCCCGAUCCAUCGCAUUUGUGAGCGGUGGGAUUGCGACAGGCACUUUGAUAGGACCAGCAUUUCAAUUGAUCUUUUCGCCACUUGGACCUGACGGGGUUUACGUGCUACCUUUUUAUCGUCUCAAUCUCUACAACGCACCAGCACUGUUCUCUCUUAUAAUGAAUAUCAUAGGCUUUCUAAUUCUAUUUUUCUUCUUCAAGGAGAAAUAUGAUGUCCUGAAGGCAGACGCUGCAAAAGUCACAAAGCAACUGCCUUCUCCAUGUCUCAUCGCUAUACUAAUUUGUGUAGGGACCAGAUUUGUGCAAAUCUUUGCAACAACAACCAUUGAGACGCUAGGAUCUGCAUUUUCAAUGUUGAUGUUUGGCUUUAACAAGGAAGAAGCCGUAAAUACCAAUGCCACAGCUCACUUAGUAGCCGGAAUUCUUGGUGCAACGUUGUAUUUCUUCUUCAUUAUCUUCAAUCUGUCAAGUUGGGUCCAUCCUCGAAUUGCUGCUAUUGUGUGCUUGAGUGCUUACGCUGGUCUAUUCGCCACUACAUACCCGUGGCCUUUCAUAACAACUAAGGUCAAGAUAUCUGUAAACGGGUCGGACUGGGGCUGUUAUUCGGAACGAUUCGACUGGUGCGAUAAUCUUGCCGAGGUGUCACCAUGGCUCUACUACAUAUUCUACGUACUUGUUUUUGGAUUUGCUGUGUCCGUUAUGAAUAUUGCAGUAACGACCUUGUACUCUGAGAUAAUUGGGCCACGGCGGCAGGGAACUCUUCAAGGAUACUUCCAGUUAGCUGGUUCUCUAGGGAGGAUGUUUGCGCCACUGAUCACUAGCUAUAUGUAUUCGGGUUUUGGGCCAAAGGCGCCUUGGAUUCUUGAAGUAGCGCAGAUGUGCACAAUAAUCACUUUGUGGAUAGUGUUUCGCAAAAAAAUGGUACCACUUCAACUUAAAGAUGUUGAGGAUACAUCGCCUUCAGAAGAACAAUCGAAACAAUGAUCUACUGUAUUUUGAAUUAUUCAGUUAUCUACCUGA